AUGAGGCGAGCGACGAGGUGGCGCAACGGACAAGGGUUCUCGAGGCGUGUGGACCUGUUCCCUGAACACCACGCAGACUGCCAGGGCCAUCGCUUCAGAGCCGUGAGCCUGGACUACCCCCCCUUCCUGGACUACAUCAGGAGGGGGAAGAAUGAGCCUGUCCAGCAGCUGGACUCUGUGGACGUCCGUAUCAUUGAUACCAUCGCUGCCCAACUCAACUUCACUUACGCGAUAUACGAGCCAGUCGACUGUCAGUGGGGUUAUCAGCAAGCCAACGGGUCAUGGACGGGAGUGAUUGGCACCGUAGGGCGGUAUGAGGCUGACUUCAGCCUGAACGUCCUCAUCACAGGACAGAGGGAGGAGGUUGUGGACUUCACGGUCGGGUACCACCGAGAGCCGUUGACUUUUGCCAUGGGCAAACCAAAGGUUUCAAGUGUUGGCCGUAGCACACUCUUGCCGCUACCUCAAUGGCUGUCGCUGGUGAGGCCUUACACUCCGGUCAUCUGGGCUGCGGUAAUCCUCACUGUUCUCGGAGCAGUAUUCGUCCAAUGGGUCUUGAUGGUGACCAGUGAUAAGGUGGGCUUGAGCGAUGCUGUAUUCCAGGAUUAUCAAGCCGGAGAGCGAAGUGAGUUCGCUGCGUACAGGCAACGCACGAGGGCCCUUGCUACGUCCAAGAAAAGAUCUGCAUUAGUGGCCACCGGCCUCGUCGUACGCGGCAUCCUUCGCCAAGACAUGAACAUGCCUCGCAGGCCUGCUGAGCAAAUAUUCUUGGGUGUGUGGCUCAUCGUAUCUUUCGUCCUGACUAUUAUUUACGUCAGUUACUUGACCGCCUUCCUGACGGUGCCCACACUCAGUCCCACUGUCAAGGACCUCGACGAACUCUCGCGCUCCCACUUCUCAUGGGGACUGCAGGACCUCGGCGCUGCUGACUACCAGCUCUUCAAGAGCAGCGAGGUGCCUCUUUACAAGAGAAUUUUUCAAAGUUUGAAGGUUUGUUCGACAAUGAAGUCUUGUCUUCAACAAACCAUAGACGAGAACUUUGCCUUCAUAUCCUGGCUGACGUACCUGCGCGAUGCCAUCGCCGUGGACUUCACCGACCGCAACGGAGACGCUAAAGUCAUUCUGGCUCGAGACUCGUUUGCUCCUGCUGAACUUGGCUUCAGCUUGACACGAAACUCCAGACUGAAAGCUCACAUGGACGUGGUUAUGCGUCGGCUCAUGGAGGGGGGCUUGGUGCAGAAGUGGCUCUCAGAGUUCAUUCAAAUGCACGCACAAUUGGGAAAGCAAAAAGCUCUGCAAGCUGAUUUGGCUCUUGUGGGCGGUGACCCGAAGCGCCUGGUGGACACGGACGGAACGGCACAGGCCCUGAGCAUGUAUCACUUACAGGGCGUGUUCAUGGUCUACUUAUUGUGUCUGGUCUUUGCGGUCCUUGCUUUCGGCUUGGAACAUGCAUUAAAGAAACAACGGAAAAAUCUAUAAACGACUUCAGUUAUGAAAAUUUUGUAAGAAGAAUGCAAGGAAAUCGA